AUUCGACCAACUGUCGAGAGCUCCGUUCUCGCGCUUAUGGAAUUCUUCGAAAAACAGGCGGACAAAGAAGCCUUCAAUAUUUUUCCUUUCUACAAAGAAUUCUCUCUGGACGUGAUCUACCGUAUCGCAAUGGGACAACGCGAGUCGGAACUAUUCAGUGAUAAAGAAAAAGUCGCCGCGGUGGACUACAUAUUCCGGACAAAUCCCCGCCAGCCAGUGUUCUACUUGGCAAGCGUUAUUCCUAGCCUUCGAAUUCCAAUAAGAAAACUGUACAUUGCGGCGGCACCUUCUGAGAAAAAGCCGAGUCCCCGCUCUCUUCAACAAGAUCUAUAA